UUAAACACCACCUCUAAACAACGAAGAGUUCAAGCGGGUUAGAAUCGACAGGUUUACAAUUUAAAACUUUUUUAAUAGAUAAUCUUCUGCAUUCGUGGGUUUGGUGUUAACCACAAAAAAUGAGCGAAAACAACCACGAAAGAGAGAAGCGUGAGGAAUGCAAAGAGGCAAAAUUUGUGGAUGACAACCGUGCAGAACUUAUUCAAAGGGUUACUUCAGUAAUGCCAAUAGCGGAUGAACUACUCAGCAAGGGCAUGAUACAUGCCGAAAAAUAUGCAGAGAUCAAAGCCGAAAACACAGAUCAAGAUAAAAUGAGAAAGCUCUAUGAAUCAUUAAAGUCUGGAGGUGACCAAGUCAAAAGGGCCUUUUAUUAUUUGCUGGAAAGGAAUGAAGAACACCUCUUCAAAGACCUGGGUGGUGUCAGCAGGAAACGCAAACUUUCUGAUCAGGAAUCCUCAGUACCUUGUAAAAGACUUAAUACUGAGAGUAUUAAACAAGACAGUGCUUACUAUAACAAUGCUAGUAUGCCAAUACCAACACCAGCACCAACAUACAAUGUGACCAACAUAAUACAUGAACAAAGACCUCCUUAUUCCAUCAAAAAUGCAAUUGUAGCCAAAACAGAAAGAAAGACCCCUGCACCCAAAAAAGAGAAGAAACCAUCAGUAUUGAAGAAAGAGAAAAAAACUCCACCACAGAAAGAGAAGAAGCCUGCUGUUCCCAAAAAGGAGAAUAAAACACCUGCACCCAAGAAAGAAAAGAAACCUCCUGCACCCAAGAAGGAGAAGAAAACUCCGGCACCCAAGAAAGAGAAGAAAACUCCGGCACCCAAGAAAGAAAAGAAAACUCCGGCACCCAAAAAAGAAAAGAAAACUCCUACACCUAAGAAAGGGAAGAAAACUCCAGCACCCAAAAAAGAAAAGAAACCUCCUGGACCCAAGAAAGCGAAGAAACCUUCUGUACCCAAGAAAGCAAAAAAGCCUCCUGCACCCAAAAAAAGAAAAGAAACCUCCUGCACCCAAGAAAAAGAAGUCAGCAGUCCGAAAAUAAUGGAAUAUUAAAUAUAUAUAUAUAUAAACUGUAUAUAUGUGACCCUGGACCACAAAACCAGUCUUAAGUCGCUGGGGUAUAUUUGUAGCAAUAGCCAAAAAUACAUUGUAUGGGUCAAAUUUAUUGAUUUUUCUUUUAUGCCAAAAAUCAUUAGGAAAUUAAGUAAAGAUCAUGUUCCAUUAAGAUAUUUAGUAAAAUUCCUACUGUAAAUAUAUCAAAACUUAAUUUGUGAUUAGUAAUAUGCAUUAGUAAGAGCUUCAUUUGACAACUUUCAAGGCGAUUUUCUCAAUAUUUAGAUUUUUUUGCACACUCAGAUUCCAGAUAUUCAAACAGUCGUAUCUCAGCCAAAUAUUGUCCUAUCCCAACAAACCAAACAUCAAUGGAAAUCUUAUUUAUUCAGGUUUCAGAUUAUGUAUAAAGCUCAAUUUUGAUUAUAUAAGUAUAUAUUUUAAAAGUUAUGCAUCACUUGGAAUGGUUGUGCUAUUUAUACUUUAACUCUUGUUAAUUUUGCUGAUGUUUUCUGUCAGUGUUACUCAACAGAGUAAACAAAGGGAAAAAAGUAUUUUUUCAGUGUUUUGCAAUUUUCUUUUUUUCUUUCUUUUUGAUGAUGACGAAAAACGGAUAAAGAGAAAAUGCAUAUAAAUUUACCCACAUAAAUAUCCAUUAGUCCCUCCACACAAUUUGUUAAUUUUGUUGGUGUUCGGUUGGGGACAGAGUGGACUUUAAUUUCUUUGCCAUGCUCCCCUUAACCAUUAUGUAUGGUCUAUUAAAUAAUAGUGAUCUAUAGCUUUUGUUAUUAAAAUGAAUAUUUAAUGUAAUAACAAAAACUUAAGACUUGGUAAGCUGUGUUUUUAUCACAAUUGAACACUAACUGAUUAAUAACAGGAUCGUAUUGUGAUGCAAAGUCAGAGUAACCGAAGCAAAGACAUGUCAAAUGGAGUAUUCAUGCUCACUCUAAAGAAACUUAAAGGGAUAGUUCACCCAAAAAUGAAAAUUCUGUCAUUAAUUACUCACCAUCAUGUCAUUCCAAGACCUUUGUUCAUCUUUGAAUGACAUAAUCUUGAAUGACUGUCAGCUAGUAAAAUGACAUUUGAACCGAGACUUCAGAGCUUGUGUUAUAGGGCAUGCCAGAUGAAGCCUCGAUUCGAGGCUUGUUAACACAGAAAUCACUUUCGUAGAAGCCUAACUUUCUGUCCAGUCACGUAA